CCUUCUCCAUCUCCUUCCUCGCCUUCCGCCAUCUCCAUUCUUCAAUUUACGCCGAAGGGCCAAAACGGAGGGCUCUGAAACUAUUCCUCUCUGAAUAGUGAAUCGCCAUUCCCAACCCUCUCUUCAAAAUUAAGCAUUCUAUUAAUAUCCACGACUCCCCGCCUCUAAUUUUUUUGCUUUCGUUUCUAAUUCGAAGGGAGCAGAGUACGUGAACGAAAGAAAAGUACUUUUUUUUUUCUUUUUGGUGUCUUCCCCAAGGAGCACGGCGAGUUAACGGCCGAGAUGGAUCUGAAGGGGCUGCUCUUCUUGCAAUUCGUGUUGUUCUUCUUCGUCUCUUUCUCCUCUGCCAACCUGGUUUUCCAGGUCCACAACAAGUUCGCCGGUCGUGAGCGGCAGCUCAGCGCUUACAGAGCCCAUGACCUCAACCGUCACCGACGUUUCCUCGCCGCCGUUGAGAUUCCCCUCGGUGGCAGUGGCGUUCCCGUUGAGGCCGGCCUCUACUACACGAAAAUUGGACUCGGGACGCCUCCAAACGACUUCUACGUGCAGGUCGACACAGGAAGCGAUACUCUAUGGGUGAAUUGUCAAGGCUGUACGAAAUGUCCAACAAAAAGCGAUCUCGGUGUAAAGCUGUCAUUGUUCGAACCAGACAAGUCCUCUACUGCAACGAGGGUUUCCUGUGCCGACGACUUCUGUAUUGCCACAUUUGGUCGUAUGAUUGAUGGCUGUAAAAAAGAGUUCCCCUGUCAGUACAGUAUCACAUAUGGUGAUGGGAGUGAGACUUCAGGAUUUUAUAUCAAGGACAAUGUGCAGCUUGAUCAAGUGACUGGAAAUCUUCAAACUGGAACCAUGAAUGGGUCUGUUGUGUUUGGGUGUGGAUCGCAACAAUCUGGUCAGUUGGGUACAUCUAGUGAAGCGCUUGAUGGGAUAAUUGGGUUUGGACAGGCAAACUCUUCCGUGUUUUCUCAGCUUGCUGCUGCUGGAAAAGUCAAGAAGGUGUUUUCACAUUGCUUGGACAGUGUAAAAGGAGGUGGCAUUUUUGCAAUUGGUCAAGUGGUCUCACCAAAAGUUCCUACAACUCCCAUAAUACCCAACCAGCCGCAUUACAAUGUGGGUUUGAAGGACGUUGAAGUGGGCAAUGAAAUGCUAGACCUUCCAACAGAUAUCUUUGACACUGGAGAUAGGAAAGGAACUAUAAUUGACAGUGGCACAACAUUGGCAUAUGUUCCGACUAUGGUUUUUGAACCAAUGAUGGCAAAGAUAAUGGCUCGACAGCCUGGACUGAAGACGCACAUUGUUGAAGAGCAGUUCACUUGCUUUGAGUACAAUGGAAAAGUCGAUGAUGGAUUUCCUGUGGUGAAGCUACAUUUCGAAGAUGACCUCAAUCUGGCAGUGCAUCCUCAUGAUUAUCUCUUUGCAAUUCGUGAAAACGUGUGGUGCUUUGGGUGGCAGGAUAGCGGGCAACAGUCCAAAGACGGCCAGGAUAUGUUCCUGUUAGGAGGUAUGCCCAUUUGACUAUCUCAUCUUAAUGUUGGCUCUAUUCUGGUAUACAAUCCCAUCAUCCGAUAAAUGUAACAUUGACAGCGAUAUUAAAUGAUCCAAAAUCCAUGCAUUUAGUGGUCAUCCUGUGAACAUAGCUAGCCAUAUAAAUCAGAAUUCAAUAUUAGAAACCCAUCUUCAGAAGUAGUCUCUUGUCUGGGAGCCAAUUUUCCCUGACAACUCCCCCGUCACAUCUCUCAAUGGCAGAUCUGGUGCUCUCCAACAAGGUAGUCGUGUACGAUCUUGAAAACCAAGUGCUUGGAUGGACAGACUACAACUGCUCUUCGAGUAUCAAAAUCAAGGACGAGAAGACAGGAGCAGCCUAUGAAGUCAGCGCGAAGGAUAUCUCGCCAGCUCCCCGGUUGACGAACCCAGUAAGACAGCUGACAUUUUUGUUUUUGCUACUAUCAGCCGUCUUGCAUAGAUUUGUAUGAUGAUAAUCCUAAUAGUUACUGGAAGAGAAAGAUGGCACGGUACAUCUGCAUUCUUUGGUUUUGGUUUUUGUUGUACCAUAAGAGAGAGAAAAAGGAAGGAAUCCAUUGAAGAGAUGUGUGGUUUUGUUGGUAUAGAAAGAAGUAAAAUCAUACAGCAUGAUCCCCCAACAUAACAGAACUUACUCGUUUUGUUAUUUUCUUCCAAGUUGCUGUUUAUUUCAAAAUCAUCUCUUUUGGAGGUUCUUUUCCCCCUAUGAUUCUUUGCAGAACCGAUGGUAAUUUGUUCGAGUAAUGUAAAGCAAAGUCAAGUAUGUUUUUGACCUUUUGAUCGAACCCAAAUCACGCUUUAGUGGCUAAUGAAAAAAGUAGUGCAUAUCUUUGGAGAGC